UUUUUUAUAAUUAAUAAAAUUAAUUAAUUAAUAAGUCAAAAAUACAUUUAAAUUUUGCUCAUUAAAUAAUUAAUAUGGUGAUGAUAAACGUAACAUUCCAUCAAUCGAGAUCAUUUGAGAUAAUGUCAUACUUGAGAGCGUCAUCACAGUAUUAUAAUACAUUAUAAUUUAAUAUUAUUACUUAUUAUUUUCAAUUUUUUAAAUUUAUUUUUGUGAUUCCUUAUGAUUACUUGCAUUAUUUUAAUGCUGUAUUUGCAAAUUUACAACAUUAAGUUAAAAAAAUAUGAAUUGCGGUUACUUUUUCUAUAAUUGCCUUGCUUUUUCACAAUUUAAAGUAGCGCGCUACUACUAUUAAGAACAUGGCGGCAUGACACGUGAUCUCGGACACUAACAUUAAAAGGACCGACACGGAGUGGCACUACUGGUUACAUAUACUGUGACGUUAUAUUGAUGACUUGUCACCAUCUGUCGUUUGCGAUAUCUUGAGCCAGUCUGCUGCGAUUAUUGAAACGUACACAGCCAUACACGCACGCGUGCGCGCGUGAUGACAGUUCAGUAAUACGAUUGCUGUUUUUCGCGCAAUUAGAGGACACAUCAGUCUCACAGUAUCUUCCUGUAGCUGCGGCCAAGCCUCAAUUAUCAAUUAUUCACGCACUGACGCGGCAGUCUGCACAUCUCGCAAGAAUAAUUUUGCAAGCAAGUCUUGAACAAUAACCAGUCAAUUGACAAUAUAUUGACUAUGUUGAGAUUGAACGUUAUUGAGACGCUGAAUGUUCGAGAAAUGUCCCAAGAAGACACUCAGAGAUGGCUGAAGGAGGUGAUGUCGAAGAUCAUCGAUAAUCUCGGGCCGGACAUCGACAAAGCUCGCUAUGAAUUAUAUCAGCUCGUCGAUACCGUAAUGUCCACUCAGUUUUACGUGCGCGUCAAGUUCAGAGACAGAUCGAAGAAGAAUGGAGACGAGGAAAUUUCACUGGUGCUAAAGCGGUCCGCGCAGACCAAUCCGGAGAUCAGACGAGGGUACUGCAUGGAUAGUCAGUUUUACAACGAGAUCGUGUUCUACCGGACGUACGCCCAGCUGCACGACAAUCUGCCAAGAUGCUACUACGUGGACUACCGGCCGCCCACCGACUCCGUAAUCGCCCUGGAGAACAUUGUCCAGCGGGGAUACCAUCCUUGCCCGUACACGAUGGACGUUCCCCUGGAGUACACGUUGGCGAUAGUUCGCGUGCUGGCACGAUUCCACGGCAAGGGUUACGUCAUGAAAGAACUGCGGCGAGAAGAGUUCCUCGAUAUUGUAGCUGGAUUUCGGAAAACCAGAUUUGAAGAAGUGCCGUACGACAACAUCUUCGGGAACCUAAUCGGGCAGAGCGCGACGCGAGCGGUGGAGUAUCUUCGCAGACACGGCUAUGACGCAGAUUUCUGCGACAAGACGGAAGCCUUGUUCUCGAACGCGAUGGAGAAUGUGAUGAUGGAGGCGAUACAACCGCGAGAACCAUUGUGUACCUUGUGUCAUGGUGAUUUUACGGUGAGCAAUAUGUUCUUCAAGGCGGAAGACGACGGAAAAUACAGCGCGAUGCUGAUCGACUUUGCGUGCGUUUCUUAUCUGACACCCGCUACUGAUCUGUCCAUGUAUCUCUGUCUUUUCUCCCCGAACGGUUUGACGAAGGACAAUUUCUACAAAAUCAUGCGAGUCUAUCACGACACGCUAAAAGAGUGCUUGUUGGACGCUGGCAUCCAGGACGUGGCAAAGUACUCGUACGAGGCUUUCCUGGACGAUUUCAGAAAGAGCAGCCUCUACGGCUUCUGUGCCGCGACGUCCUAUCUACCGAUAUGUCUGGGAUACUCCAUUCCAAUAUGUCCGAAAAAGGUUUUCGAAAUGGGUUUUACAGCAUAUGCAAAUAUAUGCAAACAAGCUGGCGGAGAUGAAGUAUCGAAAAUACUUGCCGACACGUUGCUACGUCUGAAGGAGCUUGGUUGCUUGGAGCACGUUUUGUAACAGUGCAAUGUUAUCCUGCUGCACAAGCUUGUAUCAAUUAGCGAGGCAUUUUUAAUUGGGUAAUCUGUCUAUAAUUCACGUGAUGAAUUAGAUGGUAGAUUUUUUUAUUUUCAUUUAUCGAUAAAUGAAUCGUAUCAAUUCGCGCGAGAUUACAUCAUUGCCAGCGGCACAAUAUCACGAAAUAAUAUCAUCUACUUGUCUGCGUGUAGCCGCUGUAAUCUUUUAUUCAUAUUGUAUUACACAUUGUGAUGCUAAUUGCAUUUUAUUUUCCCUUCGAAAUAUCAGAAAUAUUAGUUGAACAGUUGAACAUUUCCGAAUCACACAAAAUAAAAAUAUAUUAAUUAGUCUUUUAAAGGAGAGAAUUUCAAAUAAUUCAGUUUUAUUUUAUACGUAUUACUCUCGAAAAUAUGACUUUUUCAAGGUAAGUGAAAAGAUGAACCAAAUUAUCAAAUGAGUAAAAUUAUUGAAUUUUGCGUUUAGCAAAUUUUACGAAGGAGAUGUAUGCAAAAAGUAUCGCGGAAAUGGAAAACGUAGAUUAGAGCUGGAUUGAAACUGAAGCCCGUUUAUAAGUAUGUGUGACACUCAAAACAGGCGGGGUAUUACGGUGCACCAUGCGCAUCAGUGAAAUUAUUCUUUCGUCCGUGCAAGAGUCCGGAUCUGCCUUUCAAAUAAAGAAGAGGAGCCGUGCGCCCAGCAUAACUUUGUCAUUUCCAUAUAUUUUUCCGAGCUAGCUGCAGCGUUUGUCAUGAACUUACUUCACUUAUGUCGUACCGCGAGUUUUAUGCACAUUCGAAUUUCCUCUUAUAUUAUAAGCAAUAUUAAUAAGCUUGCGAGUGAGAAGGAGAGAGAAAGAGAGAGAGGAGGAGAAUAUGUAUGUGUAAUUAUACUGCGUGUUUAAACCAGAGGAAAUAUUCUUUUUUUUUAUAAAACUAGAAAGUAACAAGAUUUAUUUACGCACAUUCUGUGUACCUAUUUCAGUCCUGUCAGCAAUAACGAUGCAAUUGCGUAAUGCUCUUACUGCGAAAGAAAUAUUGCAAGUACGAUUAAAUGGGACUUAUAAAUCACAUGUUCAGCAUAUUUUCAGUGAACAGAGGGUGAAACUUUUUUUCUGGGAUUUACAACAAGACAACAAAAACCGAGUAUGUGACGGUCAUAUUUUAUUCUGGGACGUAGAAAUUGAAUUGUGUGUCCAUUACGUUAAUUAUACUCUUUGAUACUCGUUUAUAAAUGAUUUACGUCACCGGCGAGAUACGUGAUGAAGCAGAAUCUUAUCUUCGUGUCGGUACGAUUCCUUCUAUGUAUGAUGUAGUCUGAUGAUCUAAUCGCACGCAAUCGGUCUUAAUUGAUGUAUAUGGGAGCCGACAGCCAUUACAUAACGUACUAGACACGUGGUAUACGUCGCGUACAUUUACAUGCCAAUUUUCUGAUGACGUAACGUGCACAACAGUUCAAGGUACGUAAAAUGAGUAAUACGAGUCACCAAUCUUGCUCCGGCUACUUUGAAAACAAGAAAAGCGAUCGGUCACCGUCAGUGAUACCGCUGCUGCUUUUGGAACGAACAGCGUUAAAAUUAGAUCAUGAAUAUUGACUAAAAGUUCGUUGUCUAUCCCUUCUCUUCUCUCUCUCUCUCUCUCUCUCUCUCUAUGUGUCUUACAACAAGUUAAACAUUCUAGCGGAAAACGGUUUCGCGGACAACGACGUUACAGCAUUUCGAGAAUCCACCAAUCGCCUGACGUUAGCGUUCUCUUGUCGUCUUUCGCAUAGUUGUCAGAGCGUCGUUUCGGAUAAGUUUGAUCGUUAAGGCCGAAGAAUGCGACACCGCGUACAUACCGCGCCUAGCGUGGAACUUUUCGAGAGCUGCCCGGGAACGAGUUUAACAAUCGUUGAUGUCGAACUCGCCGAGUAGUUGCGAUAUCGGAGAAAACAGGCAGAGUAUAUACGACGAAAGAGAGAGCGAGAGAGAGAGAGGGAGGGAGGGAAACAGAGAAGAGGAAAAGAGAUGAGGCAGGAAAACAAGAGAAAAGACGGCAAAGGGGUUAGGGAAAAUCGGAGUGAGGGGUGACAGGUGCAAGCUGGAACAAGAAGUGGAGUACGAAACGUGCUGGAACACUUUAAUCGGACUGCAGUUCGAGUAGAGCGUCGUGCCUCUCUCUUGAGUUUCUCAAUAGUCCCCUAUCGAUGUAUGUGCAGCACGAGGGCGCGUUGUCGUUGUAACGAUGCCGAAGAAAGUGAUUCCCGCAAACAGUCAUUUGUCACUUUGAUAUCGGUACUUUCAGAUAAACUGAAAGCUACCCCGUUACCCCGUUCCUAUCGAUUCGCUAAUAUUUAUUAUACAUAGCUGGCGUGGUAAAUCGCAAAUGAUGAUGCAACUGUGCCGCGUUGAUUCGCGGAGAUGUUCUCGUGUUUCCCGGGUAAUAAUUUCGAGCUCCAUUUUGUUAUUGAAAUUAUCUGCUAUUUGACUGGAGCGCAAAGCGUGUUUCCAAAUGAGUUUCGGGGAUUAAAAUUAAAUCAAAAUUCGAGGAUUGGUAAGUUAAAAGGUUAUUGGUAUCAGAAUUAUAGAUAACAAAAAUGUGUUAAAAAUAUAUAUAAUGAAUUUUUAGUUGAAAAGAAGAGAGCGAUCACGUAUUAGAUUAUUUUCUAAAGAAUAAGCAGUACAUGUACGUAUCGACUUUUUAUAUAUAGCUUUUUACCUUACAUAUUAAUUACUUCACUUCAUUGGUUUUUUCCUUCGAUUCAACAUAUAUACCUGCGCUUGAAUAAGAAAUAAAAAUGUUUUAUUCAUGAAAAGAGCGAAGGAAACUAAAUGUUUGCGAGACAUCAACCUCUGUCGACGCCAAGUUAAAAUUAUUCAUACAGUUGGCGAUUCACAUUGCAACGAAACGAUUGCAAACAAUAUUUUUGAUAAUCCAUUUCAAUAGUCAAAAGCAUAAAUAAAAAAAUGCGACUCGCAUACAGUUUCAAGUAUUAUUAUUAUUAAUGCCUUUAUUAAUGUAACACUUCGAAUUACAGCUGCUAUCCCGUUAUUAUUGGUAAAUCUAUCAUUGAAUAAAUAAACAAACGGAUGAAUGAA